GCAGAGAAGCCAUUGGCUUUCUAUUGGAGAUAAAUAGUGCUAGCAAACCACACCUUAGCAACUGGACUUGGGAACUUAAGUCUCAUUAUAAUUUUGUCUUCAUCAGUAGGACUUUUUUUGGAGAAAAAAGUACGGACAACAAUGGCUUCUCGAGGGGCAUCAGAAACAAGCAAACUCAGACAAAACAUGGAAGAACAGCUGGACCGGUUAAUGCAACAGCUUCAGGAUUUAGAGGAGUGCAGAGAAGAGCUUGAAGAGGAGGAAUAUGAAGAAACCAAAAAAGAGACACUAGAACAGUUGAGCGAGUUCAAUGAGUCUUUGAAGAAGUUGAUAUCUGGGAAUAUGACACUAGUUGAUGAACUGGGGGGAAUGCAGCUGGCAAUCCAAGCUGCCAUCAGUCAGGCAUUCAAGACACCUGAAGUCAUUCGGCUGUUUGCAAAAAAGCAGCCAGGGCAAUUGAGGACAAGACUGGCUGAGAUGGACCGUGAUAUGAUGGUUGGAAAGCUCCCUCGAGAUGUGUACACUCAGCAGAAAGUGGAGAUCCUCACGGCUCUGAGAAAACUUGGCGAGAAGCUGACAACAGAGGAUGAAGCGUUUCUUGCUGCAAAUGCUAGUGCCACUCUGAGCCACUUUGAGAAGGUGACUGCGAGCCUGGGAUCUGAAGAUAAGAUAAUGGCAUUGGCCAGUUCUGGAGUUGGGAAGACCCCGACAUAAAGGCUUACUAGGAUUGACAUUUAUUGUGAGUGUGGCUUAAAUGCUGUCUGUGCAUUUUACAGUAUUUACAGUAAUUUUUUAAACAAUGGUUGCAAUUUGUACACUUAGGAACAGAAUUGUCAGAUGACAUCAUGUGGUCACUCAACCUAAAGUAAAUACAUUGGGAUUCAUCAGACAGUUAUUUGUAUUGUAUACAUCCUAUUCCUAUACAUUUUAUAUUUGAUUUGGGUACAGUGAAAAAAAGUGUUCACAUUUUCAGUGAAAUGUCUCAAAUAUAUACACAUCACUUUAGAAUAGUUCUUAACAAUUUUUCUGAAUACAGUGAGGUAAAAUUGUCUUUAUUCAAAAAGGUCUUGAUUCAUUUUUAACCCUUUGGUUAUAAUGUUAUUUAUUAAUCUUAUCAUCAAGCU